UGUAUAGAAUUUUCGCAGCCAUGCCGGUUAAGUUCUAAAGGGGGUUCGAUUGUUGCUCAAUUGAAAGCGAAAGAAAAUCAACAUUUACAAGUGAGGACGCGAAACGGCAUUUGUACGCCGCACUUGAAAUAACACAGAAAUGAGCAUGGCGCCAGCGACAGUCAUUCAGUUAAUUCGCUUAGGCGCGCCACGUGCGCCUCUUUCCACAUUCGCCAACCGAUUGCGGCGCACAUUUUCAUUGAAUAAUCACCAGUCGCUGCCACUGUCAACCUUUGCCUCGAUUCACAUCGCAGGCAGAUCGCGGGCAGCGGAUAACAGCUGGUUUGGCAGAAUCAACAGAGGCUACAGCCAGAAUACCAAGGAACCGGCAGCUCCACAGGAGACAGCGGCGCCAUUGCUAUCCAAAUUGUUUCCACAGACCUCACCCGAUGCAGGCGGGAAUGCCGAGCAGGAGCGCAAGAAGCGCGAGGAGGAUGAGGCCAAGGAGAAUGAGCGCGCCUGGAAGCGCAUGAAACUCGGCUUUGCCAUUUUUGGCGGCGGCGGCAUUGCCACUGUGCUAUGGGGCAUCUAUCAGUUUGGACAACCGGAGCAGGAUGCCGAGGGUCAGACGAUUGAGGAUGAGUUUACACACAAGCCGCUGGUGCAGCAGUAUUUGCAGCGUAUGUGGAAAUCGUUGCAUUACUAUCAGAAAAUGAUUCAGGAACCGUCGCGGGCGAAACUAUUGCCCGAUCCGCUCAAGCAUCCGUAUGUGCAGCCACGUUAUACGCUCGUCCUGGAGAUGAAGGAUGUGCUCGUGCAUCCAGAUUGGACAUAUCAGACGGGUUGGCGCUUCAAGAAGCGUCCGGGUGUCGAUCACUUUCUGCAGGAAUGCGCUAAAGAGUUUGAAAUUGUUGUCUUCACUGCCGAGCAGGGUAUGACCGUGUUUCCCAUUCUGGACGCAUUAGAUCCCAAUGGCUAUAUCAUGUAUCGUCUGGUGCGCGAUGCCACCCAUUUCGUUGACGGUCAUCAUGUCAAAAAUCUGGACAAUUUAAAUCGCGACCUAAGACGUGUGAUUGUCAUCGACUGGGAUAGCAAUGCAACCAAAAUGCAUCCGGACAACACAUUUGGCAUUGCCCGCUGGCAUGGCAACGACGAUGAUGGCCAGCUUCUCGACUUGGCCGCCUUUUUAAAGAUCAUUGCGCAAAAUGAUGUUGACGAUGUGCGCGAGGUUUUGCAUUAUUAUCGCCAAUUCGAGGAUCCCAUAAGCCAAUUCAGGGACAAUCAGCGCAAGCUGGCCGAGCAAAUGCAGGAGGCUGAACGCAUCGAACAGGCGAAACCGAAGCCAAUGGUCAAGCAAUGGUCUCGCAACAUUCUAGGCCGCUAACUGCAUUUGAACAGUUGCACCACGCUAAUCCCACACACAAGCCAUAGUCAUCGUAUAUUUAAAUAUAUAUGCAGUAGUCCUUGUACACAGUUCUAAACCACUUUUACAUACACCCAAAGCAAAGAAAAACAAAACAAAAAUCACGUUCCCCAAGUUAUAGUGAAAAGAACAUGACCACAAUGAAAAAAUGCAUAUUCAUAAAAAAAAAAAAUCCCAAAUCGUACAACGAAAAAUUGAAAAUUUUAUCGGUUCAUGUAAGCAAUAUCCCCGAUUUUUUAAAGUUUUUUUUUUAUACAAACAAAAUCUGUUGUUUUAUUCAUUAAUUUUUCUUUACCUUUGCAAUGUAAUUAUCUAACCGAUAAUACAAAUAAAACGAAUUCAAAUACAAGCAACAAUUAAGUUUCGAUUUGAAA